GGAUGUUUUAGUUGUGGGGAGUUUUCCAGCAAUGACUUCCUGCUCAAGGUACUGGAACACAAAACCUGAAAAACCCCAUUCUCGCACGUUGUAUCCAUUCAGUCUCACCUGACAAUAGCCAUUGCCUUUUCAUUAUCUCACUUGAGCAAGACGUUUAAUUGGACCUGUAAGCUUCUUUUUAAAAAAGGAAUCUCGUGACCUCCAAACUGCAAGAAGGAUGAACAACCUUUGUAAAGCAGUGGCUGUCCUGAGCGUCUUUAUCGCAGCCGCACAAUGCCUGACCUGUCGCCAGUGUGUCAUUGGUAUAUUUGGGUCGUGUCUCUUUGGAAGUGACACCACAUGUAAUAAUGCGACCGAGAGCUGCUUCACUGGAGAAGCUCAGUUCAAUGCCACCGGGGCGAUCAGCCUGCACAUCCGCGGCUGCCUGGACUCAAACCUGUGUGGGCGGACGUUGAGCGGCAGCCUCCUGGGUGCCGGCUACACCAGCACCUUCCAGUGUUGUACAACUAACCUGUGCAAUGGAGCCGCUUCAGUCCAGCUCCCUCUGACGGUGGCUAUCUGUGCCACCAUCUUGUCCUCUCUGUGGGGCAUGUGGGAGAUGUAGUUUUACAUAAUCUGACUCUGACAGGUCCCUAUAUUGAUUACAUUUUCUUAAAUGUUACACUAAUUAUCUUAUCAUACAAUCAAUCAAUCUAAAUCUGAAAACUUUUUUCUGUAUGUACUGAAGAGAUCAUUUUCAUAAAAUCCACAAAACACACAAAUCUCAGUAAUUUAAACAAAUCAUUCAAUAGUUUUGUGUCGUGUGUCAUUAUUAUUUUUAUUAUAUACACUGAGAUCAGGUGACCUUGAGGGAUUUCACAUUUUGCAGUUACAUUUUUAGCUAUGUAUGAGUGACCUUUUUUCUGGGCUAUUGUUGUUCACAGACACACAACAGGUUUGUCUGCGCUUAAUGAGCCCGGGAGCUUGUUUUGUAACAGAGAUGUCUGCGCUAACCUGUUGUCAACACGAGCUACAGUCUACCAUUGUUUUCACCACAGACAAGCCUGAUGAUCUAUAAUCCUUGGGUCAACACCCCACCUGCAAGCUGUUUCAAAACCUGAGGACGCCCUCUAGUGCCCAGUGACACAACCUAAUAAUGAAAGGCUGGUGACAAAUACAGCAUGGGUGCUUUUGACACUAUGUUUUCAAUCCUAAAGCCCAAAAAUCUGUCAAAGUAUAUGCUAUAUACUAUCAAAUAAAGAACCUACUACUUAUUUUGGAGUAUCAGUCUAUACUGCACAGUUGAUACCUCAGUUAUAUCAGAGUCCCUCACUGAGUGGUUUGUAGUGAUGGAU